AUGGCCACUAGUACAACUUCAAAGCUUUUUUUCCUCACAUUUCUAACGAUUUCAUAUCUCAUAUCGACCGUCCAUGUCAUCACCGUGGCCCAUGCAAGAACCCUCCAGAUCACCACGGUGGCUAAAGAUCACUCCGGCGCCGGAAACCUAAUGGAUUGUUGGAACGCGGGGUUGGAGCUGAAAUCAUGCACCAACGAGAUCGUCGAGUUCUUCCUUAGCCGUACCGGUACGGCGGUUUCUUUAGGUGGAAUAGACAAAGAUUGUUGUGGAGCCAUUGGGUUGAUUGUGAAAGAUUGCUGGUCCGUUAUGUUUACUUCUUUAGGGCUUACCAAUAUGGAAGGGAAUUUUCUUAGAGGGUAUUGUGAGUUUCAGGCGGAGAAACCGGAAUUGUCUCCUUCUCCGGCGCCGGAAACUUUGGCUUUGUCUCCGGUCGAAAUUACGUACCCUGGACUUAAUUAA